UCGUAAUAGGACAUCUGGCCAAAGACUGCACUGAACAUCGCAAGUUUGACCUGAACGACAUUCCUGAUAAAACCCCGGAAGAAGCUUGGGCUGUCCUCAAGAAAGCUAGUGAUGAACAGGAUCUCGAGGACUUCCGUGAGGUAAGAUGCUCUCCUGAAGAUUCGGCUUUCAAUGCAGCUGACAUGACUGUAGGGUAUGAAGAUUUACUCCAAAGCGGUCCCGCAGGCCACUUUUGCGGACAUUGAAAAGAAGAUGCGAGAGGAGGACUUCAAAGUUUUCCUCAUUGCUCUGGUAAUAUCACCAUGCUUACAGGCUGUACAAAUGAACUGAGAGCUGAUUGUCCGCCAAAUAGGAGAAAGAGGUCGGCGACUGCAGAAGUCUCAUCAAUCUUCAGGGAAAGCUUGACUGCAAAUAUGUGGUGGGAUUCUACUUCCGCCCGAAGCCACAGCGUGCAAACCUCAAGGACCGCUGGCCAUCAAACCCCGAAGAGAAUAUCGAGCGCCUCGCGGACGCCGGGCUCCCCUAUGACCGUCAGAUCCCCAAGUGCUCCAACUGUGGCGAAAUGGGACAUGGUUCGAAAGCCUGCAAGCAGGAACGCAAUACCAUCGAACGUGUGGAGGUCAAAUGUGUCAACUGUGGAAAUGUUGGCCAUCGUGCUCGAGACUGUACUGAAAAGCGCCGUGAUCGGUUUGCUUGCCGCAACUGCGGUUCCACCGAGCACAAAGCAUCUGAAUGCACUGAGCCGCGUUCUGCGGAAGGGGUUGAGUGCAAGAAAUGCAACGAAGUCGGUCAUUUUGCGAAGGAUUGUCCACAAGGUGGUGGAGCUCGAACCUGCCGUAACUGCGGAUCUGAGGACCACAUGGCGCGCGACUGCGACAAACCUCGCGAUGUCUCCACUGUCACCUGCCGUAACUGUGAUCAAGUUGGUCACUACAGCCGCGACUGCACCGAGAAAAAGAAUUGGGACAAAGUGAAGUGUAACAACUGCGGUGAAAUGGGACACACCUCCAAGCGUUGCCAGAAGCCUGCUGCCGAAACCGACGAGUACGCGGGCUUCGGUGGAGGAGAUCCCGAUGUCCCCUUGGGCGAGGAU